AUGAGUAACCAGAUCCCAAUACAAUUUACCGAACUUUUUAACCUUCAAAACUUGGGGGUAAACUCACAAUCCAUUUCUUUCACCACGGUUACACUCGAAUCUGACAAAUUCGUCUGUGUUAGGGAUCAGGUCUCACCCAAUAAAUCUAUUCAAAUAGUCGAAGUUGAUAGUCAAAAUGUUACCUCGAAUAAAGUCAAUGCUGACUCUGCCAUUAUGCACCCAACAGCUAAGGUGCUCGCUCUUAGAGCUGGUAACACUAUACAAAUCUUCAACUUGGAAAUGAAGGCAAAGAUGAAGGAACACACAAUGACUGAACAAGUCGUUUUUUGGAGAUGGAUCAACACUAACACUAUUGCUAUCAUUACCGCUACCGCUGUUUAUCACUGGUCUAUGGAUGGUCAAAGUGCACCAAAGAAGAUGUUUGAUCGUCAUGCCAAUCUUGCCAAUUCCACAAUCAUCAAUUAUAGAACAGAUUCUAAUCUCCAAUGGUUGCUUUUGAUUGGUUUGACCAGAGCUGAAGACAACUCUACAAAGGGUGUUAUGCAAUUAUAUUCAGUAGAAAAGAAAGUUACCCAACCAAUUGAAGGUCACGCUGCUUGCUUCGUUGAUUACAAGCUUUCCAACAAUUUUGUUACCACUGUUGUUUGUAUUGCUUCAAGCACUCCACAAGGUGGUAAGCUUUUCGUUAUGGAAGUCCCAUCAAACAAGCCACAAGAUGCUCCUGCUUUUGAAAGAAAGGCUGUUCCAAUCCAAUUCCCUGCUCAAGGUGAUUUCCCUGUUGCUAUGCAAGCUAGUGAUAGACAUGGUGUUUUCUUUAUGAUCACCAAAUCAGGAUUUUUGUAUAUGUAUGAUGUUGAAUCAGCUACACUGAUCUUCAAGAAUCGUAUUAGUGAUGAUGCUUUGUUUAUUACAGCACAAAGAGCUGGUGGUUUUAUUGGUGUUAAUAAGAGAGGUCAAGUUUUGUCUGUCACUGUUGAUGAUAAUACCAUUAUUCCAUAUAUUGCUAAUCAAUUGGGUGACCAAGGAUUAUCUUUGAAGAUUUCUUCAAGAGCCAACAUUGGUGGUAACAUGGUUGGUGAUUUGUAUUUGCAACAAUUCAAUGCUCAAUUGAACCAAAUGAACGUUCAAGCUGCUAUUGCUCUUGCUGCUGAUUCUCCACAAGGUAUUUUGAGAACUCCAGAUACUAUUGCUAGACUCCAACGUUUGCCAGUUAUGCAAGGUCAAAAGCCAGCUAUUUCCCAAUACUUCCAAUACAUUAUUGAAAAGGGAAAGCUUAACACUUAUGAAUCACUUGAAUUGGCUAAGAUUGUUUUGCAAAAGCAAGGUGGUGUUGAUUAUUUGAAGAAGUUGUUGACUGAUGACAAGAUUGAAGGAAGCCAAGAUUUGGGUGACUUUAUUUCUGGUUAUAGUCAAGAAUUGGCUAUGCAAAUCUACUUGAAGGGUAAGGCUCACGACAAGAUUAUUGAUUCUUUGUUGAGAAUGGGUGAUUACGAAAGAGUUUUGGCUUACUGUCAAAAGGUUGAAUAUACCCCUGACUAUUAUGAUAUCUUCAGAAAGUUAUGCAUGGUUAACCCAGAUAGUGCUGUCAAGUUUGCUUCAAAGAUUCAUGAAAAUCCAGAAACAAGAAUUGAUCCUAAUACUGUUAUUGAUCUUUUGGUUCAAGGUAAUCUCAUCAAGCAAGUUACUGCUUACCUUUUGGACAUUCUUAAGAAUGAUAGACCAGAAGAAGGUGCUCUCCAAACUAGAUUGUUGGAAAUUAACUUGACUUACAGUCCAAUUCAAGUUGUUGAUUCAAUUCUCGGACAAAAGCUUGUUAAUCAUUAUGAUCGUAUUAAGAUUGCCAGAUUGUGUGAAAAGGCUCAACUCUUCCAAAGAGCUCUUGAAAAUUACACUGACCCAGCUGAUAGAAAGAGAGUUAUCGUCAAUACUCAUGCUAUUAAUGUUGAAUGGUUGAUUAAGUGGUUCGAAGAUGUUUCCAAGCAAGAAGUUUUCAUGUAUUUGAGAGAAUUGAUUAAGAAUAAGAAUAAUCUCCAAGUCGUUGUUAAGGUUGCUACUGCCAACAGCAGUGUUUUGGAACCAGAAAAUCUUAUUCCAAUCUUUGAAGAAGUUAAGAGUAACGAAGGUCUCUAUUAUUAUUUGGGUUCUAUUGUUAACUUCAGCCAAGAUCCUCAAGUUCACAACAAGUACAUCAUGGCUGCUACUAGAGUUAACCAACUUUCUGAAGUUGAAAGAGUUACUCGUGAAAGUGACUACUAUGAAGCUGAUGUCAUCAAAGAAUUCUUGAAGGAAGCUAGAUUGACUAACCAAAUGCCACUCAUUAACGUUUGUGACAAGCAUGGUUACAUUGAUGAAAUGGUUAGAUAUCUCUACAGCAACAGUCAACUCAAGUUCAUUGAUAUGUAUGCCAAGAGUGUUAACCCAAUCAGAACUCCAGAAGUUGUUGGUGCCCUCCUCGAUGUUGAUGCCAGUGAAGAUUUUGUUAGAAAUCUCAUUAUGGGUGUUGGUAAUAUGUGUCCAACUGAACCUUUGGUUGAAGAAGUUGAAAAGAGAAACAAGCUCAAGUUGUUGUUGCCAUGGUUGGAAGCUCGUGUUAACGAAGGAAGUCAAGAACCAGGAUGUCACAAUGCUUUGGCUAAGAUCUAUAUUGAUCUCAGUCAAAAUGCUGAAAACUUCUUGAUUAACAAUCAAUUCUAUGAUUCCAGAGUUGUUGGUCAAUACUGUGAAAAGAGAGACCCACACUUGGCCUUUGUUGCUUACAAGAGAGGUCAAUGUGACUUGGAAUUGGUUGCUGUUACUAACAAGAAUGGUAUGUUCAAACAACAAGCCAGAUACCUUGUUGAAAGACAAUCCCCUGAAUUGUGGGCUCACGUUUUGGAUAACGAAAAUACUUACAGACGUCAACUUAUUGAUCAAGUUGUCCAAACUGCUCUCCCAGAAAGCAAGUCAAGUGAUGAAGUUUCUACCACUGUUAAGGCUUUCAUGACUGCCAACCUUCCAAACGAAUUGAUUGAAUUGUUGGAAAAGAUUGUUUUGCACGGAUCCUCAGAAUUCAAGACUAACAGAAACUUGCAAAACUUGCUCAUCCUCACUGCUAUCAGUGCUGAAAGAACUCGUGUCAUGGAUUACAUUAACAGAUUGGACAAGUAUGAUGCUGCUGAUAUUGCUAGAGUUGCUAUCACCAAGGAAUUGUACGAAGAAGCUUUCGUCAUGUACAGCAAGAACAAGUUGAAUACUGAUGCUAUCAGAGUUUUGAUUGAUCAUAUUCAAUCCAUCACUAGAGCUGCUGAAUUUGCCAAGAUUGUUAACGAAGCUGAAUGUUGGAGCAUUUUGGCUAGAGCUCAAUUGAAUGCUCUCGUUGUUGCUGAUGCUAUUGAAUCCUUCAUGAAGGCUGAUGAUCCAACUGAUUACCACAAUGUUAUUCAAUAUGCUGAACAACAAGAUGAAUACAAGGCUUUGAUUAAGUUCUUGGAAAUGGCCAGAAAGAAGAUUCAAGACUCUGUUAUUGAUACUGAAUUGGUUUACUCUUAUGCUAAGUACUCCAAGCUUAAGAAUAAGCCAGAAGUUUUGGCUGAUAUGGAAGAUUUCAUUUCUGGACCAAACUUGGCUCAAAUCCAAGUUGUCGGUGACAGACUUUUCGAUGAACAAAUUUACAAUGCUGCUAGAACUCUCUUCCAAUCUAUUUCUAACUAUGCUCGUUUGACAUCCACUUUGAUCAAGUUAGGUUUGUUGAGAGAAGCUGUUUCAUCUGCCCAAAAGGCUAACUCUAUCAAGUCAUGGAAGGAAGUUAUGAUGGCUUGUAUUGAUGCUAGCGAAUUCAGAUAUGCUCAAUCAUGUGCUUUGAACAUUAUUGUUCAUGCUGAUGAAUUGGAAGAUCUCCUCCAUUACUAUGAACAAAGAGGAUACUUUGAACAAGUUAUCGAAUUGAUGGAAAAGGGCUUGGGUCUUGAACGUGCUCAUAUGGGUAUUUUCACUGAAUUGGGUGUUUUGUAUGCCAAGUAUAGACCAGAAAAGCUUAUGGAACACAUUACUCGUUAUUGGGGUAAGUGCAACAUUCCAAAGUUGCUCAAUGCUGCCGAACAAAACCACUUGUGGGCUGAAAUGAGAUUCUUGUACUGUCAUCAUGAUGAACCUGAUGCAGCAGUCAAGGUCAUGAUGGAACACUCAACUGAAGCUUGGGACCACUCUGUCUUCACUGAAACCAUCAUCAAAGUUGUAAAUAUGGAACUUUACUAUAGAGCUAUCCAAUUCUAUAUUCUCGAAAAUCCAAAGUAUCUUGAAGAUUUAUUGGUUGUUUUGACUCCAAAGUUGGAUCAUGAAAGAGUUGCUCGUGAUAUCAGAUACCAAAAUAAUGGUUUGGAUCUCCCACUUAUUAAGAAGUAUUUGGAAACUGUUCAAGAUCAUGAUUUGCCUCAAGUCAAUGAAGCUCUUAACAGCUUGUACAUUGAAGAAGAAGAUUACCUUGCUUUGAAGCGUUCUCUUGAACAAUACAGAAAUCUUGACCAAUUAUCUCUUGCUGCUCAAUUGGAAGGUCACGAUCUCCUUGAAUUCAGAAGAAUUGCUUCUUGGUUAUAUAAGAUCAACAAGCAAUGGGAAAAUUCCAUCAAGUUGAGCAAGAAGGAUAACUUGUAUAAGGACGCCAUGGAAACUGCUGCUGAAUCUCAAAAGCAAGAUAUUGCUGAAGAUCUCCUUAAGUUCUUCGUUUCUAAGGGUUUGAAGGAUUGUUUCGCUGCUGCUUUGUACAAUUGUUAUAACUUUGUUCGUCCAGAUAUUGCUCUUGAAUUGGCUUGGAGAAAUAACAUUAUUGACAUGGUUAUGCCAUAUAUGGUUCAAGUUCUUCGUGAAUACACCACUAAGGUCGAUGAUCUCGUUCAAGAAAGUCGUCAAAAGAAGAAGGAAGCUGAAUUGAAGUCUCAACAACCAACCCCAGAAGUUGGUGGUUAUGUUGAUCCAAAUGCUGCUUAUGGACAAACUGCUGAUGCUUAUGGUGCUAACUAUGGCCAACAAUACGGAAAUGUUGGUUAUGAUCAAUAUGGUGCUAACUAUGGUCAACAAUACGGAAAUGGUGGUUACGGAUUUUAAAUUAUUUAACUUCUAGGAGUCGAGACUUAUAAAAUAAAAAAUAUAUUGUAAAUUUAAUAAUU